AUGGCCAAAUCUGACUCUCCCGCUGAUGGCACCUCCGUUCGGGAGGACGAGGCCGUUGGAGACAUCAACUCGUCUUCCAAAGCGCCAGAUGUCGCCGAGGGAACAGUUGACAUGGUGGCGUAUAGAAACACCGUACCACUGUGGCUACGAGUCUGGAGACACAGCUUCACGCAGAUGAUGCUUCUGAGCAUGCAGGCAUUCUGCGGACCAGCCAUGUCGGAUGCCAUUCAGGGUCUCGGUGGUGGUGGCCUUGCAACUCCCCAAACGUCCAACAUCGCUACCGCUAUUAAGUACAGCAUGCUUGCGCUUGUUUGUUUCUUUGGCGGCCCCAUCGUCAAUAAACUUGGCAUCAAAUGGGCACUGGUUCUCGGCGCCAUGUCAUUCCCCAUCCAGGGAUCUUCCUACUAUUGCAACAGCAAAUUUGGAAACCAAUGGUAUCUUAUUUUCGGCGCCUUCUUCUAUGGCAUCGGCACAGGGUGCUGGUAUGUCGCAGAGUCUGGGGCCAUCAUGACACUUGCCCCCGAGAGGAAGCGCGGAAAGUAUUUGGCAUUCUGGAUUGUCUCCCGAAAUCUUGGCCAACUCGUGGGCGGUGCGAUCAACUUGUCGAAGAAUUACCAGAAGGGCGUAAAGGGCGGAGUCACCGCGGAUACCUAUGUCGCAUUCCUAAUCAUUGAGUGCAUGGCGUUCCCAUUCGCUCUCAUGAUUGCUCCCCUUGAACGAGUUGUUCGAUCUGACGGAUCACGAAUUCUCAUGGCCGAGGCCCUGUCUACAAAGCAAGAGAUUAAGCGCAUUUCGCGCACCAUGGCCUCCAAGCUCAUCGUACUUUCAGCCAUUUGGGCAUUCUGGUCCUUCUUCUACGGGCUAACCGACAUACAGCGGCACAUGGUCUACGUAUCUUGGCACGUACUUUUCUGUGCGCUCUCGCGCGCUAUCUUCGCUUAUUUCGCCAUUCUUCUGCAUCAUAUUGAAACAGAGCCUAGCGUCGGUUGUUUCGGCCUCGGAUUCAUCCUCGAUAUGAAGGGCGUCAGCCAACGUCGACGAGCCCAAAUCGGCCUCUUCACCGUCGUCAUCCUCAACGUCGGCGUAUACAUAUGGUCAAUCAUCAUGCAGGUACGGUUCAACGCCUCUGAUCCAGGCGCCAUCGACUGGGACGAGAAGCUCUACCCCUCUGCAUUCCUCCCCUACUUCUUCGUCCAGACGACUGGGCCUAUGUCGCAGUCAUACAUGUACUGGCUGCUGUCGUCUUUUGCGACAGAUGCGCAAGCGAACGUUCGCAACGGUGCUGCAUUCCGUUGCAUAGAAGCUGUUGGUCAAGCCGUUGCGUACGGUAUGAACACAAAGACCAAGGGAAGCCCUCUAGUUGGAUUCUGCGUGACAUUCGGCCUUUUGGCGGCUGCUCUUGGCCCGAUGAUCGUUUUGGUCAACUCGACACCCGAUCGAAUUCCUGCCGACGUGAUAGUUGAGGAACAGGAUCGGGCACAGGAGAAGGGCGUCAGCGCCUCGGUUCCGGUAGAUACUAAGGUCUGA